UCAAUGUUUUGGACGAUCGUCUGUGCUGCAGUUCUACUCACUGGGAGCGAUGGCAAGAGAAGAUUUAGCAACUGCAAGGAGAUGCUGGAACAGAUGCCAACAAUGCAAGACUCAAUUAGCUCCCUUUCCGAAGACGUUGCUGGGAUAAAAGCAGACUUGGCAGUAAUUAAAGACUUCAUCAUGGAAAGAGAGACUUGUGGCACAGCUGGAACUAAACCGCCAUCUGACGUGCUGGCAAGAGACUGUAGUGAAUUAUCCGAUGGAGUAGCUGAUAUUAUAACAGAAAGUGGACGCAAAUUCCAAGCCAAGUGUGAGGAUGGAUGGCUCAUUGUUGCUAACAGAGAAGAUGGUUCAGUGGACUUUAACAAAAACUGGCAAGAUUUUAAAGAUGGUUUUGGCUCACUAAAUGGGGAACACUUCCUUGGGUUUGAAAAUAUAAGAUCAGUGCUGACCCAAGGGAAAUACGAGAUGAGGACUUCAUUUACGAGCUGGGAACCGGAAACUCGGUAUAUCGACUAUGAAAAUGUAUCCAUCAGCGACGAAGCUACUGGCUACCGUCUCAAAUACAAAUGGCCUGCAACUAAAGGUACGAUGAAUAAUGCAAAUGGACUUGACCUGGCCUUCACAACUAAGGACCGAGACAAUGAUAGUUGUGGUGAUUGCAACUGUGCUAUUGACUACAAAGGUCCGGGAUGGUUUGGGCGAUGUUUAGCAUCUAAUCAAUUUGGACCAUAUAUUCAUAAUUCCACAUGCCCUGAGCCAUAUUUUUGCAUGACGUGGGGAAGCGGUUGGCCAGAAUCGUUGGACGGUACGAAAUAUAACAGCAAGUACUCGUUCAAAGCAAUGGAUAUGAAGAUAAAACCGAGCAACACCGUUCCCGAAAAAUAGAAAAUACAAUUAAAUUAUAUGUAAGAGAAUGGUUCAGAACAAAAAAUAAAGAAUUUAAAAUCAAUUGCAAUAUUGUUGUGGCUUUAUCUGCAUUUUUAAUAAAAUGGUGUUAUAAGUUGAAAACUUGCGCAAAUGUUUCCUAUUGGUGCUAUUUUGUUUUCAAAUAUGGCGCCCAUUCGGAUGCCUGAGAAUACCAUACAAUGAAUCUAAGCAAGACACUUUGGCCUUUGUAAUACAAUGAUUGGGAUUUAGUAGAGUGAUUGUGAUUUGUAUCAUUUAUUUUUCUUAGCUUUACUUUCACUAUCAUAGCAAUUAA